AUGCCAGACAGCUUCACCAUGGCCGACGAAGAGAUCGUUCUCGUGACGCAGCUGCCGUCGGAUUCGUGGUUCGAGGGCUUCGUGCUGCGCCCGAACGGCAAUAUCCUCGCCACCCGCCUAGACAAGCCAGAGCUCUACACAUUCGACGCCGAGGAUCCGGACGCCACGCCGCACCUGCUGCACCACCUCGAGCUCUGCAACGGCCUCAUCAACAUAAUCGAGUUACCGGGGCGGCCCGACGAAUACCACAUCCUGUCGGGCAACAUCGAUCUGGAGAAGGGAACAUGCAAGGACUGCCUGCUGUGGCACGCCGUCCUCUCCCAGGACGACAGCAGCCCGCCCAAGCUAACGCAGAUCGCCGAAGUCAAAGACGCCGGCUUCGCCAUGGGCAUCGUCGCCGUGACGGACCGCGUGAUGCUCAUAGCGGAUUCUGGGAAGGGCUGCGUCUGGCACCUCGACACGGAGACGGGGAAGAUGUCGCAGUUUGUGGCCGACGACACGAUGAUGCCCCCGACGGAAGCCGACUUCUUCGGCCUUAACCGGAUACGCGUCGUCGGGGACUACCUCUGGUUCACGAACACGAGCGCCGGCACAUUAUACCGCAUACCGGUCGAGAUGGACACGGCGCAGCCCGAGGUCGCCAUCCGCGCCACGGGCCCGGUGCAGAAGGUGCUGGGCGACCUGCCGCACCUGGACGGCCUCGCGCUCACUAAAGAUCAGACGCGGGCGUACACGGUCUCGAUGGCCGACGGGCAACUGUUGGAGAUCAAGGUCGACCCGGCGACGGGCCAGGGCUCCGUCGAGGUCAUCACGACGAGCCUGGACAGCCCGACGGGCGUGGAGCUCGUCUACGUCAACGGCCGGCCGAAGCUGUACGUCGUGUGCUGCGGCGAGAUCGACAUGGCCUGGAUACCCAAGAUCGACGAGAACCCCUGGGCCAGCAUGGACUUCAACUCGAACGUGGUGGGCACGGUCACGUCGGAGGUGGUAACGGUAACGCAAAUGUGA